CGUGUUGGUUUUUUGUUUACAAGGAAGAAUGUGCUUCAGUUUAUCGUGAUUUUCCACAAGAAUUGCAUGUGAAAAUGAAGAAUAAACCACAGAAACACAAAGCUGAGAAUGUAUUUAAGCAUAAAACCUUCGGUGAGCGAGUGGCAGAAAUCGACGUCCGGAAGGCUAUCCUCUACCACAUAGACUUCCGCUUUGAUGAGGAUUUGGAUGAGAAUGAGUCCUAUUUUGCAUCUGCUGUCACUAAAUGGCGUGCCCUCAAUCUCACGGAUGAGUAUGAGGAGUUUCACAGAGGAGUCCGGGAGAUACUCACUCUGCCGCAAUUGCUGCACAAAAAAGACUUUGUCAUCCAGCAUUUGCUCAAUUGCUUGGCCAAAGCCACUCAAUUAUCCCUCCAGCCACUGCUGGAGUUUGUGGCAAUUCUUGCCAAAGAGCUACAGAGUGAUUUCUGUGAAGUUCUCCCUCAGUUCCUGGAGCAACUUCUGAAGCUUCUCCAGAGCACGGAUCCGGACAUUGUCGAAUGGACUCUUAUCUGCCUGGCCUAUCUUUUUAAGCAUCUGAAGAAGCAUUUAAAGAAAGACAUUGGGAUUGUUCUCAAUCUCAUCCUGCCUAUUCUCAAAGAGGACAGAGGGAUGAAUGCCGGAGAAACCAUCCAAACCUUUGCCAUUGAGUGUUUUGCCUAUGUGGCCAGGGAUAUCAGGGAUAGGGAACACUUUGUCAAGACUGUGCUGGGAUUUGUGAAGGAGAACACAGGAGUCUCGGUGAGUUGUUCACGUUUAUUAUUUCAAGUGAUUAGAGGUGUUUCCGGAGGGCUUCACAGCUGCACUGAAGACUUUCUACGUGUCUUACUUGAAGCCCUACAUUCCCAUGAGGGUGACAGGGAAGUUAUUUAUUCCCUGAUUGAUGGAAUUAUUGAGAGUUUUGACAAAAAUAUUUCCCUGGACAAAACUCAAGUUCUCUGGAGGGUUUUCAUGAAGCAUCUCAUGAAGCUUCUAGCUCUGAAGGAUACCAGCUCAAGUAUGAGUUUUUGCAUCAAACUUGUGGAGAAGCUAGUAUGUGGUUAUAGUGAAAUUUUCCUGAAAAAUCCUCAGGUAUUGUGUGAAGUUGCAGUGAAAAUGCUAGAAAUGGAGAAUGAGAAUCUCUAUUCUCCAAUUUCUGGGCUUACAAAUGCCCUGCUAACUGGAUCAAAGGUUAAUUUGCCCAUCCAUGAAGCGACAAAUCUGUCCAGGAAGCUUCUGAGCAUGAUAGAUUUCAGUACAGUUAGGAAUUUUGUGCUGAGUACGAAGAAUUCUCCUCAGUUUGAUUCCCUGAUUUUUCCCAAUUUCCUUGAGACUUUCUGGAGAUUUGGUAUCAAUGAGGAGAGCUUGGAGCUCUUGGCAACUGUUUUUGAGGUUAAGUGUCCUCUGGCCAAGGCGGGAUUGACAUUUUCAGAGUGGAAACCCUAUGGAAUGUCUGGGAAAUGUUCAAGAGUGCAGGAAGAAGUUGAGAGAAUUCUUCUGUAUUCUUCCUUUGAGCAGAAAAUCUUCUUCCUGGCACUUUUGAUUUGGACACAUUUGGCGAUUAGGGAUAGGGAGGGAGUGGAAGGGAAGCUUCUUGAGGAGAUGAAGAGGCUAGAAAAUGAAGAUUUCAAGAGAUAUUCUUUGAUAUUGAGGGUUUUAAUUCAUGUGAAAUGUGACAAAAUUGAUGCAGUUGACGCUGUUGAGAGAGUUCUGGAAUUUAGGGAUGUCGAGAAGGUGGAAGUGCUGAGAUUUGUCGAUCUCAGUGUGACUUCCGUGAAGCUGAGAGACUCCUCAAGGUUAAAUAUGGGUUUGUUUGAGAAACUCCAUGAUAAACUCUCCCCAAUGCUGUCUUCUCCAAUUCAUGAGAUUCGUCUCUUGGCAUCCCAUAUCCUGGCUCAAUUUGAUCAUCUGGAAGAAUUCUCAUCAGUUGAUACUUUCUUGUUUGACCUGAUCUUCUCAGUUGAGAAUACAACAGCCUCAAUUCAGACAUAUCGAAGUCAACUUCUGUCCCUGCAGAAACUCUCCGUUGGGACGCUCUACUUUAGAGAAUCCCUGGAGAAGCAGGAGAUCUUCCAGUGGGAUGGUCUGAAGUAUCUCCUAGGGGUCCUCUAUAUCAAUUUCAAGUUGCUCUGGGAGCCAACAAUUGAGUACAUUGCAUCGUAUGCCCUGAAUUCUGAUCGAAAGAUCUUCUGGAAGAUCUACAAGGAUCAGCUGGAUAGUAUUGAUGGGAAUCUGAGGAGGAGGGCAGAAAAAUGUCGGGAUUUUAUCAAUGAUAUCCUUCCGAUGACUCUGAAGGAUUCCCCAGAGCAGAAGAUCGUGCUAAGAGACAGACCAGAUUUUAUCAACUAUCGAAUACUUCUCUGGAGGGCUCUUCCGGGCUUUGGGGAUAUCCUCAAGGAGAAAAAUCGUGAUCUUGUGAUUCAUUUCCUGGAUUUCUACGAGAAAGUCUACAAGGUUUAUGUUCUUGAGCAUUCCCACGGGAAAAUUGAUGUGAGAGUGAAAAAUGAUGAGAAAGAGUUGGAAUUGAAGGAAGAAGAUCCAGAAGAAGAUCAUGAUCCUCAAGUGACAAAAGCCAUUCACAAAGAAUUGAUCACAUACCUUCAGGUUUUCACAGCAAUGCCCAAUCCAAAGUCAAUAUUCAGGGAGAGUGAGAUGCAUUCAAUAUACCUGCAUUUGCUCUCCAGUCGCAAUCCGGAUGUACAGAAAACAGCCCUGGAUUGUUUAUUUGCCUAUAAACCCAAAAAUCUCUCAGCUCACAGGGAGACUCUCUACAAUUUUGUGGAUGAGAAGAAACUCCGGGUAGCUAUGGGGAAUUUUGUGAUUAAUCUGGAGCAGAAGGAUCAGGAAUUGUCAAUAGAGGAACAUCGGGCAGACGUGAUGGAUUAUCUAUUAAGGAUACUCCAUGGGAAAAUGUUUACCAGGCAACAACACCAAAAGGGAGUAUCACCUCUGGCCAGGAAAACCAUGAUUAUCCGAUAUUUGAGUGGAUGUUCCCCGGAGGAACUGCACAAGUUUCUAGAUAUGAUUUUCCACACAACUUCAGGACUUCCCAUACGGAAUCCUGUAGAUUUGUCCAGUGUUACCCAUCCCAGGCAUCUUCAGAGUUCCCUGGCUCUCAUUGAUCUCAUGCUGGGAGAAUUUGGUGGUCUCCGGAAUGAUGAGAUUCUAAGGAGACUUUUACAUCUUCUCUUGGGAUUUUCCGCGGAAAUUCAAGGGAUUCUAACAGCAAUGGAUGGAGGAGAGAUUCGAUAUCUUCAACUGUUGAAAAAUAUCCGGACGGAAGCUGUAAAUAUGAUCAGGAAAUUCUUCAAUCUCUUCGAAGCCUAUCCCUGGCAAGAAGAUGAAAUUGAAGCUGUUUUUGAGAUUUUCAUCUGGCCACAGUUGUCUAAACUUCCCAUUGAGUGCAUUCAUUCUCCAACUCCUCUCCUGAAACUCUUCCUGGCCUGGAGUACAAAUCCCAGGUACUUUGUUCUUCUGUCAAAAGUUCCUUCUGACAAUUCUGCAGAUAAUCCUCUGAAAACUGUCUUUGAAUUGCUAAAAAAGCCCAAGAUUAAUGUAAAAGUCACAGAUGCAGCCUUGGAGAUCAUUUCAAAUCUCCUGACACUUGAUCUUGAAGCCCUAGCAGAUGAGGAAAUUGCAAAAAUGGCUCCUGAAAUUAUUAUUAAAAACUCCCGGAUUCCUCAAUUUGAGACAGAGAGAGAGCUGUCAAUUGGAAGGAAAUUGAUUCUUCCUCAUAUCGAUGACAUUAUCAGUCGCUUAAAGGUCAAAGUAGGCAAUCAGAAGAAGGGAAAAGCCCUGGGAAAGAGGGAUCUGUCAAUCCUAAGUAGAAUCACAGAUUUAGUGGAAGAUAGAGAAAAAUGUGAUGUUUUGGUUGGACUUUUGCUGCCGAUUCUCACCAAGAAAACCACUAGGAUGAUCAAUGAGUCAUCCAUGGUACAGAUGAUUACUUCCCUGACUCACUUGAUAGACAAAAGUGAUACUCCCGGAAGGCAUAUCCGAACUCUAGCUCCUCUUUUUGAAGAGAUAUCUUCCCUAGCAUGCCGGAAGCUUCUUUGUGAUUUAAUUGGGAGGAUUUGUGAGAGAUCUGGUGAUCGGAAAAUUGCAGAAUUAGUGCAGGAGCUCAAUGCACUGAGUAAGAGAUGGAUUGAUCAGCCAGACUUUGACAGAAGACUCACAGCUUUCCGGACAAUUGAUGAGUUAAUUGAGAAGGAUGCUGUUGAUGCAAAUUUGGGCCUUUUGGCGAUUUUCCAUGCAUUUUUCUUCCUUCGGCAUGAGAAGGAUUUAGCCAUGAGGAGUUCCUCUAGUCACUGCCUGAAGAAAAUGACCUUGGCAUUGGCCAGGAAGUUCUCUGAAAAACCCCAUGAACGAAGGUACAUAUUCGAUGGGGUUCUCUUGCCGCAGAUCAAACGCUCUCUGAGUGGAAACAACGAAGGAUUGAGGACAGAAUGUGUAAGGAUUCUAGGAGAUCUGGCCAGGGAUUAUCCAGAAGUCCACUAUGUUUUUGCCGAUUUGCAUCCAUUGACUGAUAAACAGGAUAAAGAGGUGGAUUUCUUUGAAAAUAUCAUUCAUCUGCAGUUACAUCGUCAGGGAAGGGCUCUUGGGAGAUUUAUCAAGAGAGCUCCGGAGAUGACAGAACCCAAUCCUAAGACUCUCAUGGAUUUUCUGCUACCCUUGGCCAGUUGCUAUCUUGGAAGUGAGAAGCAUAUUUCGAAUAAUUCACUCGUAGAUGUAGCAGCUGAGGCUGUUUCUGUCAUCUGCAGCAAACUUCCAUUUCUCCAGUACCAGACAAUCUUGAGACUGUACAUCCGGAAGUUGAGGACAAGUGUUGAGUAUCAAAAGCAGAUGGUUAAAGUUGUGAUAGCAAUUAUUGAUGCUUUUCACUUUGACUUCUCUGGACAAAUGACCACACAGGAAGUUGUCCAGGAAACUGAGGAGACUGAUGAUGAGGAUGAUGAAGAACUCAAGGAAGUUAAAAAGGAAUCUAGGAAGUUCCUCAUGGAGAAGUCUCAAACAAACCCGGAAUACAAUUUAAUGGUAGGAUUAAUUUCGAGUUUGAUUGCAACAAUCUCAGAGUUCAGCACAAAAGAGUCCAAUCACAAACUCACCAAGGCUCAAAAUGCUGCCCAGAAGGAAGAAGAAGAUAUUCUCAGGGUGCCAAUUGCAGUGGCGACCGUUCAGCUUUUGCAUAAAGUCUCCAAGGAUCUUCUGGAUACGCAUUUGUCGAAGAUUUUCAUGAAACUGUGCACUUUUCUGAAAUCUCGCCUGAAAUCUGUGAGAAUUGUGACCAGGGACAUGUUGAGGAGGAUCAUGGUGAUCCUAGGACCGGGUUACUUGAAAAUCCUUCUGGACUUGCUGACGAGCCUCCUCACGAGAGGAUAUCAAGUCCAUGUACUCGUAGUGACGCUCCAUAAUAUUUUGGAUGCACUCAAAGGUAGCUUCCGGGCAGGAGAUAUCGAUGUGAAUCUCCAGGGACUCCUAAAUGUGUGCCUGGAGAAUGUCUUUGGGGAGUCGGCUGAAGAGCGUGAAGUUGAUAAAAUUGCAGCAAAAACUCCAGAAGCUAAAUUUACAAAUAAAAGUUUCUUGAUCCUCCAUAUCCUGGCUGCCAAUAUCAGUGAGAAGUGUCUUCUUGAUCUCUUGGUCCCGUUCAAGGAUCACCUGGCCAGGAGUCAUUCGAAGAAAGUCGUGAAUAAAGUUCAAGAGUGCCUGACAAGGAUUGUUCGUGGAUUGGGUGAGAAUAAGAGAAUUUCCACAGAUUCCUUGAUGAUUUUCACAUUUGGAGUGGUUACUGACAGUAUAGAUACCCUGAAAAUGAAAAUGACCAAGAAGGAACUGUCGGAAGUUGAUCGUGAGCUACUGAGAAGGAAGCCAAGUGAUAUUUUUCUGAUUGUCGAUGAGAAAAGUGUGUCCCGGAGGAAUAAAGUUGUAAAGACAAAUGUCCAGACGAAUACGUACGUUUUAACAGAAUUCGGAUUGAAUCUGUUGCAUACGAUUCUGAAGAGUGGAAGAGCCGAUUCUGAUCAAUUUGAGAGUUUUCUGAAUCCUCUGGUCAGGAUCUUCAAGGAGACUCUGGCUGGAGUUCAUGUAAGACUAUCUACACUCACCCUGAAAUGCUUAACUGUUAUCUGGACGCGACAGCUCAUGAGAGAAGCCAUCAAGGGUCAGACGAUUGAGGAUUUUGUUGGAAAAAUCCUGGAGAUCCUCAAGAGAUAUUCCAGCACGGAACUAAGCAAAAAUGAUGAGAAUUUUCAUCUCGUGAAGAAUACAUUCAAAGCCAUUAUGGCUCUCAUGAGAUUUGUGGAGGAUUUCACAGUUACUGAGGAUCAACUCAGGGAGAUUCUCUUGCAUGUUGACAGAGAUCUACAUGCCCGACAGGCUAUUGCCUUCCCGCUACUGAGGGCAAUCCUGGCCAAGAAACUCUAUGUCACGGAAAUUGAGAAGAUCAUUGAGUUUGUGGCAGAAUUGAGUGUGACUUCCGAUGAUGAAAGUGUCAGGGAGGAAGCCAGGCAGAUCAUCAUAACUUACCUGUUGGAUUAUCCGAUGGAUGGCUCCAAAUUCAAGCAGCAUUUGAUGUUCUUCCUUUCUCAGUUGACAUAUUCCGAGUCAACUGGGAGGUCUUCUGUUGUGAAGCUCAUUCAGAAUCUCGUGAAGAAGCUUUCAAAGAAAACACUCAAAAUAAAUUGUGGUGUUAUUUUUUUGGCUCUGGGAGCAAGAUUUGUCGAGGAUGAACUUCCGGAAGUACGUGAAGAGAUUGCAAAGUGCCUCGAAGGUAUACUGCGUCGCCUUGAUGAUGAUGCUAGGAGGGAAUUGUGGGAGAUUGUUGUGGCUCUGUUCAAUGAAAAAAAGACGAGUCAUAUUGAAAUGGGAUCUGUACUAACUGUCAGAUUUAUGGUGGCUGAAGGAGAGGCAUUUAGGAAGCGAUUGGACAAUUUAUUGCCGUUGAUGAUUGGGAAGUUGUCAGGGCAGGAAGAUGACAAUGUUCCUGGGAGAUUUGUCAGAGCUCAUGUGGAAGAUAUUGCUGUGGAGAGUGAUGAAUCAAAGGCUAGGGCUAAUGAUCAUAAACUCAUUCAGAUUCUCAUUGCUCUUGGGAAGAUUUUUGGGCAGUUUGAGGAUAUUCUGAAGGAGGAGAAAUUGAAUGGAGUUAUUGAUAGUUUGGCGUUUAAAUGUCAGGAGCUUUUGGGGUAUGAUCAUUCCUGGGUGAGGUUGUUUUCAGCCAAAAUCUUGGGGAGUAUCCUUGGGGUUGUAGAUGUGGAGCUUUUGAGGAAACGAAUGGUUGAUCCGGAUGAAGAAAGUGAGCUGUCAAGGGAGUUUCUGUACAGGAAUCCUGAGAGUCAAAUCAGAGCACUGACUUUAGAUCUCUGUGCACAGCUACAGCCGGAUCAUGUUCAGGAUAAUAUGGUUCAGGAGAUUAUGAAGAUUCUUCUGGAAGUGGCCAAGUUUAUCCGAUUGAUUCCGGUUGUUAAGAAAGAGAAGGAUGCUGAUGAAGAGGAUACAAAGGUGGACAAUCGAAUUAAUUUGCUCUGGAUCAUACGGAGGCUGAGAUAUGCAGCAAAUGGGGAAGUCACUCAAGCUCCUCAUUCCACAGUAAUUCGGAAAAAUGUUUUUCACUGGAUUCAGGGAAUUGUUCAUAUGUUGGAUUCUCCAACUAUGCGCCUUUUGGCCAGGAGUCUCCUCACUCCUCUUCUGCGGGAGAUCCAUACAGAGAAUCAUGAUCUCACACUUAAUCAAAUUGCUACGAAAAUCGUGGACAAAAUCAAGAACAAGAUGAACAAUGAGGCAGAGUUUACGGGUCUUGUGAAUGAAAUUCAGCUGAAGCAGAUGCAAAAACGUUCGGAGCGCAAGAAGAUUAUCGCCAUGGAGAAGGUGACAAAUCCUGCAAAGGCUGCCAAGAGGAAAGCCAGUGUUCAGGAAAGGAAGAAGCUAGCCAAAAAGCGAAAGAUGGAUAUAAUUAAGGGGAAAGUCGCUCCGAAAAGGAGGAAAACCCCAAUAAAUGCAAAUUCUUCGAAGAAGCGAAAAAAGGUAAAAUAAAGUCUUGUUAAUUAUUAUUACAUGAAGAACAAUAAAAAAAAGUUUUAUUAAGUGAA